GACAACCUCAGUCGGUUGCGUGUGCUUCAUCACUUUCACUCCUGUCAGUCGUCAGUACUUCAAUAUGGAUAAUGUUAUGGAUCCAGAGCUAGCAGCUGAAAUGGUGAAGCUUCUGGGGCAGGAACUAAAGGUUGUCCGCAGCCAACUUCGUGAAGCUGAGCAGAGAACUGGGACUCCUGCAAGCGAUGGCAUCUCAACUGGUCCACAAUUUCAGCGCGAGGAAGCCCUACGGGCAGAGGUAGUCAUACUAAAGGUUGAGAACGCCAGCCUUCGAGAGGAAAUUUCACGUCUCCAGGGUCAGACAACAAACGUUCCGCUCAAGAUGGAGGGCGAUCCCUCAAAUAUUGUAGUGCAAUACUCUGCGUCGAUGGACGUCAUUCAAAAAGAACUGGCUGACGCGAUUAAGGAGAAAAACACAGCAAUAUUGGACAAGGAGAAGGCAGAUGAACAACUUGCGGAGUUGACUAGCGUUCGUGAAAAAUAUCGGAAGCUCAAAGCGAGCAAACGAGAGUGCCAAGAGGUCAUCGACGAAUUACGCGGCCAACUUGAACUCUGUCUAGAAGAACGAGAGCACCGAGAGUCAGAAGGAAAAGUACUCAAAUCCGACCCACCUUCAUUCUUUCAGAAUACAGAGUAUCCGACUGUCGGUGACCAACCGAAUUCCAGCGACAUCCCUGUAUACUCUCCCAUCUUUUCCAUGGGCAUUCCCAGGACAGCUCGAACUCAUUGUCGCUGUGACGGUACCCUCCGCCUUGAGAGGGAUGUCGUGAUGUUCGCCCGCGCAGGAAUCGCCCUAGGCCUUAUCGUAAGACCAACGCAUCAAUACAAUCCCCAAAAGAACAAUGGUGCAUGGAUUCGGGUCCGUCCAGAUAUUGAACUUGGUCAAAAGAAAGACUUAUGUUAUCACGACGGCCACGGUUGGAAGUAUCUUGGCACCUAUGAACGAACAGGCGAAUCGUUCCUUCUUUCAGCUGAGCACACCAAGAAGCUGAGCUCUCCAAGGAUGGAAGCGAUGGCUAAGGACACCGUCUUAUUCCGAGACCUUAUUCCGCCUUCGCAGAUGCGAAUGGUGGAGAAGAUGUAUUGGGACGGAGUUCUUCAAAUCGAAAUGUUUGGUAUCCGACGUGUCGCCUACGACCAAGAAUUCGCAAAACAGCUCUUCGAAAGACGCAAGGAUCUUCCCAAAGGCGUGAAGGAUGGUACCUUUCCCAAUAACAAGCGGAAAAGAGGCUUUGAGACCGAUGAAAGGCAUGAUCACAAUCGAAAAAGGCCUUCAACAUCCGACAUAAACAUAAACAUAAAGGAGGAGAGCUCAGUGUCGUGAUCCAUGCAACACAUUGGAUAGAUCCUCGAACCUUUUUAUCAAGACACAUUCGCAAGUGCCUUGGUACCACAGGCACUUCCAUGCUUGGUACGCAUCCAACUUCCUGUUUGAAGAAGGGUAGUAUUGCAACCUGCUCGAUCGCAACAAACAAGUCUUCGAGUAUUCUAUGUAGCCUUUGACCUGUUAAUUCGAUAGCGGGUUCUGAAUUGAUUUCCAGCAGUUUGACUUGAAAGAAUUGCGAAUUGCCUGAUGAAUCAAGCCCAGUUGAGUCAUGAGACACCAGGAAAUCGACUCCAUAUAAUUCAAACGCAUUUGGAAGCGGCUG